AUGAACCGCAUUGUUUGGGUGCGGAGUGAGGUGUUCGACCAUGGUGUCUUCAAUACCUCUAUCCGCUGGUCGGCGUCUAAGGUGCUCAACUUUCUCUCGACGUUGAAGGGCCAUAUCUCAGUGACGAACUUGUCCAAAGAGGCAUGGUUGGACCUGAGCACCACGAAGUGCAAGCCCGCGCUGACAGAGCCGGAGGCUUCGGCCUACUGGACCGUCUUCAGUGUGCUUCAGCAGUCCAUCUUCGGAGACCCAGGUGAUGCCAUGGAUAUUCGAUUCAUCGGCCUCCUUCUGAGCUGUCAGAUCUUUAGCACCAACCGUGCCAAGACCGAUGCCAGCAAAAGUGAGGUGUGGAAUGAGCGGGCGCCGGGGCACCUUUCUCCGCGAUCUUCUCCGAGAGGUUCACAGAAACCGUCCAUGAUCCACGCUCCGUCGUUGGGACGGGGUGCCGAUUUUACACAGUCGUUGCUGAGCUUCGUGAAAACCCACUUGAGUCUGUGGAUGCAGAUUGCGAGCUUGACCCUCCAGUCCGAGCCCGCCAACAUCAGCGUUGAGGACUUUGACAUCCUUGGCUUGAUCCUCUGCUGUGGUAGCUCAAAGUCCCAGCCUUUGUUCCGUCUCUCCGAGGCUGUGCCAGAUCUCGCUUCGAGGCCUUCCAUGUCAGCUUCCGAGUUGCGGAAAGCUUUGCUCAAGCUCCUCUGCUGGAACGAAGACGCAUACACCACCGAGGUUGCCAAGGAUGGCCUGGAACCUCGGGCCAAGACCUUGAACAUCAGUAACAUCCACAAGAGUAUCUGGUUUCACCGGCCACACAAUGCCGAGAUCGAGUAUCUGAACAUCACCGACUGCAAAGACAGCACCAUCUAUGUUACAGCGCGACUACGCUACUGCCUUAUCUCUGGUUGCGAGGGGACCACGCUGAUCUUAGGCGGAGUGUCCACCAUCUGCACCACUAGCAACUGCGAGAAGGUCAACGUACAUGUGGCAGCGCAUUGCUACAAGAUGGAAAACUGCAUUGACACUUCCGCGUACGUAUAUUGUCAUAUUCCGCCCAUCAUCACGGGCGACACUCGAGGCAUCCAGCUGGCGCCGUACAAUGUGCUGCACUCGCACAUGGCUUCCGUCCUCCACGGCUCGCAGAUGACCCUGGAGAAGGAGUAUGUGGAUGUUUGGGCACAUCCAGUGUGCUGUACGGCAGGGAUGGUGGAGACCUUGUCCUCCCGCGCGGGCACGCCGCUGGAAGAGCAGAACACCACGUACCACUUCGUUCAUCCUAGCAAAUUCUUCCCUGUGGUCGUUCCAGAGUCGCACGGACGAAGCGCUCCACCACAGCUGCUGCUACCCGAAGUGUACGACAAAGCCAUGAAGGAACAGCAGGACGAGGUCCGGCGCUUGAUGAAGCAGCUGCACUGCGUGCCGAGCGAGUUCGCGCCCCUUGGCUCCAGCUGGACAGCACGAGGGUCAUGA